GGUGAGUGACCCACAGUUUGGCGUCUCCAUCGAGUGCGAGUGGAGGGUUCGCGUAUUUUCUGUUUUCGCACCAGCCUCUCCCGGGAUAUCGACCAGAGGCGGUGUUGUGUGUAGUGCUGCCACAUUCCGGUAGCAGUUUAAUGGAAAAAAUCAGCAAACCCCCAAUUCAUUGUUUCCAAAAGUGUGUUCCAUGUGUUCGUUUGUUGAUUUAAGGGCAGUUUUCACAGCAACAACAACAACACCAACAACAGCAAAAAGGUGCGAUCGAAGCUGAACACUACCAGCUCUACGGAGCUCAGCCGAAAGAGAAAGCUGAUGAUCCUUGGCUGUGCUGUGCGGCAGAGCGUGCACGUAUUUUGUAGGUGAAGGAAAAGGAAGGCAAGAUUAAACACACAUACACGUGCCAGUACACCAACCAUUGAAGUGAACGAAAGAGAGGGAGAGAAAGAGAGAGCGUGUGCAGUAUAAGCGUGUUCGUGUGUGUGUGUGAUUUUUUCUCUCUCAUACGUGUGUGUGAUACAAGUUGAUGUGAUUGUGUGGAAGUGUAUCAAGUGAGCUAAAGAAAGCACAUGUAUCGUUGGGGCCGCCGUGUGUCUCGCUCUUUCGCCCGUCUGUGAAUGCCUGGGGAAAAAACGUCAAUACUAUCCUUGGACUUGAAGAUUAGCGGAAAUCGGGCGAAUCGAGCGAAAUUAAAGCAACAACAAUUCGUUGUACAACAACAACAACAACAACAACAAUAGGCAGCAAUUUUGGGGGUAGUCAAUUUAACAUCCAACACACACAUACUCGAAUAACUACGACAAGUAACAACAGUCAUCAUAUGCAAGCAGCGUACUCAACAAGCCACAUGCAACGCUACACCUAAUCAAGUGCGGGAAGAUGAAUGUCAAUUUGCUGCAACAUCCGUCAAUCAAGUAGAAGAACGUCUGGCGUCCAGCGAUGACGUCACAAGCUGUGUACUGUCUUAGUCUUCAGAUACGUCCAACGGCCGAGGAGGGCAAUGCAUCGGGAUCCGGAGCGAACGGUGGCAAUGAGCAGCAGGGCAGCAAAUCGGUGGCGACGGCCUCCGGGGCGGCUACGGUCGUUUCGUCGAACGCGCCCACAAUGGUAACUGCCAGCGGGGCAACGCUGCUGAGCGGGCUGGAAAAGUCCGGCGUCACCAUCUCGGCCGAAGCGUCCCGCGCACUGCAAACGCACGCGCUGCAGAUCGCUCACUCGCAGAUCGUCACGACUAGCCAGAGUCCGGCCACCGUAACCGUGGCUACCUCGCAGCCCCAACAACAACAGCAGCAGCACAGCAACAUCAUCCUCGUGCGAGGUUCACGCUCCGAGAACGGUCAAAUCAUUCUCCAGAACACGCACGAGCUGCUCAGCCUGCUGAGCGACGAGGAUAAGCCGAUCUUUCUCCAGCACCAGCGCCUAACAACGACGUCCGGCGGUACGACCAUCACCAAGGCACAUGCAACGAAGACACUGGCCGAGGCGACCACCGGCACUGGAGGUGGCGGGGCGAGUACGAUCCUCUUUCAACCGGCGAUCAAGAGCGGCACGCUCGAGGGCCUUAGCGGUGUCGGUGGAGCUGGUGGUACGAUUCUGCUGCAGUCCGAUGCACUGAAGAAGGGCACGACACUCGAGGUGGGUUCGUCGUCUGCGACGGGCAGCACUACCGGGCCAAUCUUUCUGCAGCAGCGGCUGAGCAAGAACGGUACCGAGGGACCGAUACUGUUGCGCACGUUGAAGCGGCUUGAUAAGUCACAAUCCAUCCUGGUGAUACGCAAUGCUACGACGGCGGGUACAGUCGCCACGGCUGGCAGUACGGUGGUGGCCGCUUCUGCUGCUGCUUCCGGUGGCAUCUCGGUAUCGACGGCCGGCGGUGCUACGCUGGCGAAGGUGAAGCCGGUCUCGACACCUACGACGACGGUGGUUACAGUGACAGCGGCACCGGUUGGAUCGGGCAGCGUUGGCGGCGGUGCCAUCGCACGGCGCGUGCAGGAAGAGGCGGAUGAAAAGAAGGAACCGACCGUGGUGGCGAAAGUGGUCCACAAGACGAACAAUAUGCCGCUGGGUGCAGAUGGUGAACCGAUCAAACUUCCGGACAAUUUGGAGAGUUUACCCCGGGCAGACCAUUUCCCAACCCAGCGACACCGGUGGAAUACCAAUGAGGAAAUUGCGGCCAUCCUAAUCAGCUUCGAUAAACAUUCCGAGUGGCAGUCGAAGGAAGUUAAAACGAGACCGAAAAGCGGCUCGAUGCUGCUGUACUCGCGCAAAAAGGUGCGCUACCGGCGCGACGGCUACUGCUGGAAGAAGCGCAAGGACGGCAAAACGACGCGCGAAGACCACAUGAAGCUGAAGGUGCAGGGUACGGAGUGCAUCUACGGCUGCUACGUCCAUUCGGCCAUCCUGCCCACCUUCCAUCGGCGGUGCUACUGGCUGCUCCAAAAUCCGGACAUUGUGCUGGUGCACUAUCUGAACGUGCCGUACCCGGACGACAACAAGAUGGCCGUGAUCACGCCCAACCUCGCGCUGUGGGGCGACAAGAAGGAGUGGACCAAGGAGGAGUUGGUCAGCCAGCUGAAGCCAAUGUUUUUCCCCACAGUUUUCAGCGAGGACGAACCGGACACGGCGAACGAGAUCGAAAUCUCGACCGCCGAAACGGUGGAAGCGAUCGUGAGCCAGCUGAUGGAGAAGCAGCGCAUGGCCCGCCAGACGGCGCUGGUGAAGCAGCUCGAGUGUGGCUGCCCGGACGCAAACUGUGCCGACGGGAAGUCCUGCUCGCAUCCGAUGCGCCGUAUCAGCGCGGCCAAGAGCGUCCAGGAGCUGGGCAAGCGGUCGGAUGGGCAUGCGGGCGGUGGUGGUGGUGGUACGGCACCGAACGUACUGAUCGGUUCCAGGAUGUAUCCCCGAUGGUUGGAUAAUCGAAGGAUGGCGACGGGACGGGUCGAGCAGCAGCAGCAGCAGCAGCAGCAGCAAUCGCAAUCGCAACACCCGUCCUCGCACACCAUCCUCGACCCGAACGGGGCGCGUGCCAUCACGCCCAAGACGCUCGACACGUCGAUACACUUCCAAGUCAUUCCUACCUCGGUGCAGAAUUCAAUUAGGCCCGGCGGCAAUCAGAACGCUUCCGCCCUGGGCACGCUGAGCAUCAGCAACGGUAGCUCACAAUUAACAAGUGUCAGCGGUCACAUUACGAACGGCAUCGUCGGCUCGCAAGCCAAUCAUCUCGGUGGGCAUCGGUCGGCCAUGAUUAUCACAAGCAAUCAGCAUCAGCAGCAGCAGCAGCAGCAGCAGCAGCAGCAACAUCAUCAACAACAGCACCAACAUCACCAACAUCCCCAGCAGCAUCCCAAUGUGCAUGGGCAUCCUCACCACGGGCAUCCUCAUGCCCAACAGCAACAUACGCUUACGAUGAACGGUAACAGUAAUUCGUCCAACAGCAGUAGUAACGGCAGCAACACCAACAACAGUACCAGUAAUAAUAACACCAACAACAACAACAACAACAACACCAGCGUAAGCACCAGUGUCGGUAGCAAUCAAUUAGCCACCCUCGGCCACUCGAGUCAAGUGACGGCGUCGAACGGCACCGACCGGCCGAACGCUACGAACGGCGUACCUGCGGCUGCUCGCGAUGCGAACAUUAAUCUUAACGGCAGCAACGAGACUCAUAUAUCAAUGAUCGGUUCCACCGGUCAGGGCAGCAAUCGUGCAUCGAACGGCGGCGGUGGCGGCGAUUCGAACGCUACCAAUGGCACGCUGUCGAAUAGUGGAGGUAGCAACGGCGGCCAGAGCCAGGGUACGACGGUUCAUCAUAAUCGAAUCUCGGUCAAUGGUAACGGUGCAACAUCGACACCGCCGCUGGUGCUUAGCUUGGGGCAGAACAUUGGAGGACCGGGCAGCUUGCUGAUACUAAACCAAGGCAACCAGCAACAGUCGUACGUUUGUCAACAGGCGCAGCACCAGAAAGCGAACGACGGCAAGGACCACGAUGGGUCGAUCAAGACGGAAUCAUCCGCCGGUUCGGUGGCGAAGCAGGAAAUGAUGGACGCGUCAUCUUCGCCCGUCCCUUCACUAUCGCACCACCAGCAGCGACAGCCGUCCCAGCAGUCGAACAGCUCCCCAUCGUCCGCCACUGGCGGUAGCUCGGAUAAGCAAUCGUUCGAUAGUCUGUUUGGCUAUCAGGAUCACACACCGAUGGCCAGUCCGGUGCAAAGCAUGGAAAGUAGCAGUGGCGGCGGCGGCGGUGGCGGUUCCGGUGGUGCCCCGACAACGCACCACCACGACAAUCUACCGUUCUUCAACGAAACGCUCGAUUUGUCGCAGGAAGAUAUACAGAAGACGCUGAGCGCCAACAUGCCGCUCGGGGGGCAUGUCGCCGGCCACGACACAGCGCCGACCGAUGACGCCAUGAACGGGGAGAUCAAUCCGAUGGACUUUAUCGAGAACUGUGGCGAUAAUCACGGCACGGUCGAUGACGAUGUGUUUGUGAAUCUGGACGCGUUCGAUAUGCUGGUAGAGUUCCCCGAGCUGGAGCUGGAUGCGAAGAGCGAGUUUCUGCGCUCGGAUGACGGGACGGAUGACACUGCCGGUGGGGCGGGCGAUCUCGCCGGUGACAGUGGCAGUGAGCUCGGCCAGUACAAGCAUCAGGUACAGAGUGCAUCGCAGCAGCAGCAGCAGCAGUCAUCGCAGCCGCUGCCGAACGCGUCCACCAUAACGGACUUUAGCCCGGAGUGGGCGUACCCGGAGGGUGGCAUCAAGGUGCUGGUGACCGGGCCGUGGAGUGCCAGCUCCGCCUAUACAGUAUUAUUCGACUCGUUCCCGGUGCCGACCACGCUCGUGCAGGACGGUGUGCUGCGGUGCUACUGCCCGGCGCACGAGGUCGGCAUCGUGACGCUGCAGGUCGCCUGUGAUGGUUUUGUGAUAUCCAAUGCGGUCAACUUUGAGUACAAAUCUCCGCCAAAGUUCGAGACGAAGUGCGAGGGCAACGGGAACGACAUGCUGUACAAGUUCAAUCUGCUCAACCGGCUGGAGUCGAUCGACGAGAAGCUGCAGAUAAAGGUUGAGCCGGGAGAGCUGCCGGAGGAUACGCUCCUCUUCAAGCAGAAUAACUUUGAGGAUCGACUUGUGAACUACUGUGAAACGCUUACCGCCAAAAUGUGGCGCUCUGUAACACCUGGUCCGUUCAUCGAUAAACACCAGGGCAUGACGCUGUUACAUCUGGCGGCAGCACUCGGAUAUGCCAAGCUGGUACGCACGAUGCUUACCUGGAAGGCUGAGAACUCCAAUGUCAUACUGGAGGCUGAAAUCGAUGCCCUCAGCCAGGACAAGGAUGGUUACACACCGCUGACACUGGCCUGCGCACGGGGCCACACCGAGACGGCGAUCAUACUGUACAAGUGGAACCAGAACGCGCUGAACGUGCGCAACAACGCGCAGAAGGGCCCGGUCGAGGUGGCGCGCGACUACGGCCACGGUGAGCUGGCCCGCGAGCUCGAGCGGCAGGAGAAGGAGCGGCUCAGCCAGCAGCAGCGCACACCAACCAGUGCUUCCAUUCCGACGCUUGCCUCCAUCACGUCGUCGACGACGGCUUCUUCCGGCACGCAUUCCUCCGCUUCCUCCGCUUCGCCAAACGCAUUGCCAACCAGCUGCUCGAACCACUCUUCCAGCGCCUCCUCACCGUCGGCCUCGCCCGCCCAAGCGUCCCAGGAUCUGCUCAGCAAUCUGAACGAAAGCAAUAGUAGCAGUAGCAAUGGUAGCAACAGCAGCAGCAACAGUAGUACCGCUGACUGUAAAGCCCCCGAUGGCAAUAACAACCUGCAGUCGGGUGGUAUGAGCAGUGAUCUACACUCGCUGACGAACGAUGCAUCCGGGACGAUGCACAACUUCCUGAACCUGAACCAAAUCUUCAGCUACGGGGAGGGCCUGCACGGGGCGAACAGCGAUAGCUGCAGCAACGACAACUUCGGUCUGGUGGCGGCUUUCAAUCCGUCCCUCUCGCCGACGGGUCUUUCGCCGUACAGCGAGAUGAAGGGUUCCUGCUCGUCCACCGGGUCGCAGGGCGGCGGUGGGCUACACUACGGGCUGGAGAACACCAACUCCAAUCCGAUGCUCUCGAACGCACUGUCACCGAACUCGGACAGCAACCGCAGCCAUGACGGUGUGUUUUUGCGGCCCGGUGCGGUCUACUCGAGUCAAAGCCCACCGGGUGCUCGGCUCUCCAAGCGCUCGUCGAUCGACAGUGGCAUCAACAUGGACAACCGUUCGGUGGCGCUCAGCCGCACCGGGAAAGCGUUCCGCGAGGCACAGCGCACAAACCGGAUGGAUCGAAGCAUGUCGCUUCCGCUCGCAUCCGGUGGUGGUGGUGGACAGCCCAGUGGCAAGAAUCAACCCGGCACACCGUCCAGCACGGCCGGGGGAGAUCGUGAGACGGACAGCUUCUCGCUAUCUCUAAGCGAACGCACCACGGAGUCGCCGUCGCAGGUUUCGAGCAAUGUUUCGUUGCUGUCACCGUUGCGCAAGAUGGACUUUGCACUGUGUGAGGUUUCGGCUACGGAAACCAGCCCGAUGUGCGAAGACGCCGACUCGUUGCAGGAGGACGACUGUCACCAUCAGCUGCCUGACAGUAUGGAUAUGGGUCCGGGGACGAGUGGGAACGGUGCCGGUGCCGUGACGAAUGCCGUAGGGGAUUCCGAUGCAAAGGUGCUUACACUUGCCGAACAGAUCAUAGCCGCAAUGCCAGAGCGUAUCAAGAAUGAAUCGGAAGAAACCAUGUACCUUGGCAGUCCGCUGCCGGACUCACUGAACGAGGAUACGGCCGGUAUGGGCAUACUGAACGACACCUUCAUGGAACCGUUGCUCGAUUCGCUCCCUUCGUCGCAGUUCGAUCAGGAGUUCAAUUUCGAGUUCAGUGAUCAUAACUACCGCUACCAUGACGUUGGUACACCCUGCUCAAGCCUCAGCCCGGCAUCGUCCGGUCCGCUACAGUCACCUGCCAGCUAUUCGAUCCCGCAAGAUCAUCCCGUCGGCUCGCCGAGUCCGCCUCCAACUACGCAGGAUUUCACCGAGUUUCUCCAAUCAUCGAACGCAACUGUUAGACCGUUCGAAGCCGAUUUCUCUAACCUAAAGCUAAAUGAUCGUGAGCAGCGUGAGCUGUACGAGGCGGCCAAAUGCAUCCAGAAGGCGUACCGAUCGUACAAGGGGCGCAAGAGCCGCAUGGAGGAGCAGGACAAGGAGCGUACGGCGGCCGUCGUGAUACAGAACUACUACCGGCGGUACAAGCAGUACGCGUACUACCGGCAGAUGACGCAGGCCGCCCUCGUCAUCCAGAACGGCUAUCGGUCGUACUGUGAGAACAAGCGGUUCAAAAAGUCGCAAACCGCCCAACAGCAGCAGCAGCCGGUGACGAGCAGCGAGGAGGACAAGGCGUCCGCCCAGUGUCUCGAGACGUACUACCAGAACUUCCGCAACGAGCAGAAGCAGCAACAAUCGCCUCAGCAGCAACAGCAGAACAAUCAGCCAGGUGGUUCCGGCUCGAAGGAACCGAGUCCGUCGGGUCCCCUGAAACGAACUUAUUCGCAACGAACACAAAAUCAGGCCGCUAGGAAGAUACAGCAGUUUAUGAGACAAUCGAAAAACAAUACUUGGGAUGAGCAAAUGACUAACUUGGCUACAGAGAGAACGAGCCGAAAAAGAGAGGCUGGUCCACCUACGCAGGGUGGAGUACCUCCAAAGCUUGCAGUGUCACGAACAGCCCGAGGCUCCACCACCUACCAGCGCUCCAAGGUGAACUGAAACAGGACGCGAGCGUACGGAUGGCGCUACCCACACGGAACACUGUUCACGCUCGCCCGAAUGCAGCCAGUUUGAUGGAAACUCAUCGAAGCUAGGCGUAGGCGUGUAAGAAAGGAAAAUUGUUGUCGAAUUAAUUGCGUUACUUUUUACUACGAUUUGUUUUGUCAAGACACUUGUUCACGUUUUUUUGAUUAUUUAAUCAAUUUUGAGUUCUCACACACACACACAAACACACACCCGUUGACGAUACGCAUGUAGUGUGAGUGUUAAUUUGUUUCUGUUGUUUUGUUAUUUGUAGUAAGUUAAGCAAAGUUACGUUUUAAAACAUUAAAAAAGGCAAAACCGUCCCAACGUUGCGUUAUGUUGCGUUACCAUUGUUUCAAACGGCGUUACCCGGUGUGGUUGAAAUAUUUCACAGCAAGCGCUGUGCGGUGUGUGAAAUGUUUCUGAAACCGCUAAGCUAGAUGGCGCUAGUAUUGUGUUGAGAGAUUUCGGUGCGGAAUCUUUUGAACGACCAGCUCGUUUAGAAUAAUGAUGAGGCGGCAGCAGCAUUGUGAAACAAAAAAAUAUAUUGCAACUAAAGCGUGUUGAUGAUGGGAGACGUUUAAUCUGAUACCUGAACUUUUAGUAGAAAUUCUAGUCUAAAUAACGUUCUCACACACCACGUUGUGCGGGUGGUUGAGAAAACAACACACACACAUUGAGAGAGAAAUGGGGACAGAAAGUAGAACAAAAAGCAAAACAAAACACUGAGAAAAAUGUGAUUUAAGCUCUUUUUUAAAACACGUGUAAAAUGUUCGCCUAUCUCGCGAGCGACUGUUAUUAGAAUCAGCCGAGACAGUGUUUGCCAUAGUACAGCUGUACAGCCAGAGAUAGACUUAUUUUCCGUGAUAGGAAUGCGAUGCCGUUGGGAGAAAGAGACGAGUUAGACAGAGAAGUUUAGAAAAGUUUGAACCCGACACUGAGCGGUACGAAAUAGUGCUAGAAAUAAUUAUUUAUAGCAAAAAAACACUAGUGACUGGCCAUCCUCUCGGUCGAUUACGGUAAUGUAAGCAGUGGUAAGGUACUGUAAAUAGGAAAGGAGAGAAGCGUAGUUUGCAAAGCAAAACCGAGUGAUUAGGUUUGCGCGUUUCGGGCCAGUUGGGCGUAAUUGUACAGCAGAUUGUAGAGCAGUUGUUACUGGUUCAUUGUUUUAUUUAACUGAUGAAAAUCAACUUUUUUACACUACUAGAGCAAAGCGUAGCGGUUGUUGAGGCGUAGAACAAACAGAUACAGAAUCAACAUCUAUUUAUUAUAUCUUUCGAGAUCGAGAAACCUAAACUUAAACGCUAUAAAAAGGAGCGAAUAAGCUGCUAAACUAGGGUCUAAGCUAGCUCUUUUCUCUUUCUAAGGCAAAAAACGGACGAGUAGACGAGUAUUUCAACCCGACGGGCUGAUGUAUAUAGCAAAAUAGUUGAAGCUGGGGUUGUAGAGCGUCAAACAGUGAUUUUCUAUUUGAUUGUUAACUUUUGUUAAAUUGAUCUAGAUGCUAGAAACUGGUAAUUAUCAAAACAAACACACGGCACACGAAAAGCACGUACAGGCAAACGGUGUGCUAGUGUCACGCACCUAGUUUGUGUGCAUUUGUGUGUGUGUGACAUGUGUACGUGUGUUUAUGUAAAGAUAUUGCUAAUAAUUACACACUCUUUAGCGAACAGAAGAGAAGGACAAGGAUGAUAAAAAAAAACAGCAAACACAAGCAAACGAAAGCGAUCGAAGCUACCUAAUGUAGACAUUAUAUACAUUAAAGUGACAUAUACAUAUAUAGAUAUAUAUACAAGCUAACUAUUUAUCUCUUUUUUACAACGUUUCGAAGCGACAAAAGUGUGUAAAAGAAAACCAAAACAAAAGCAAACUGACACAACGUAGCCACAUACGCCAUUCAAAAACGUCAGUUUCAAACGCGAUCUAGUGAGUAAAUUUCAUCCCUCGCCUUUCCCCCCAUUUGCCGAUCGUAGUUAAGCCGAAAGCAAAAGAACGUGCAGUGCAGUGAAUGCCGAAAGCAACAACAACGGAAGAGGGGGAGGGAGGCAGGGGGUAGUUUUUCGAUGUUUUGUUCAGUCUCUCCAGGGUGACACUGUGUGCGUCCAUCUUAUGACUUUCGAAAAGGAGUAAUAAAAUUUCAAAAAUCUAUCUACAAGCAAACUGUCGGUACGACUGGGUCAAACGAGGUCGCGGUUGAAUCAAAUCAAAGCAACAACAAAAACAACAAACCUCCAUAACUGAUAAGGAUGAACGAGCCGUUUUGCAGGCAGCGGAUGAAAAAGCGAAACGAAAGCGAAAUAAACUGCAAUCAAUCUGCACGAGCAAAGAACGAGGUGCUGUAAGAAGAAGUUUAGAUAAAUAGGAUAAAAAAGAUGAAAAAGAAGAAGAAGAAGAAGAAAAAGAAAAAAGAAGACGAAGAUAUGAAGAAGAAGAAGAAGUAAAAGAAGAAGAAGAAAGGAAGCGGAGUUCAGAAGGAAAUGAAAAGAGGAGAAUAUAAGCAACAAAGCAAAAUCAUGUGACAAAACGAAAAAAGAAGAACUUUUGAACUUAAAAAACAAUUUACACUCUCUCAGCUACUUGCCAUUUUGCACUAUUCGACUUUCCAAAUCACGAAUCCACACACCUACACAUACAAGCGGAUCGUUAACUAACUUUAAUGAUUAUAUAUAUAUAUAUACAAACAAUAAUAUAAUAAUUCUAAGCGAAUAAUAAAAAUGGAAUGAAGGAUGAAAUAGAGAGAAAGAAGGAAAAAGUAACGUUGAUUGAAGCACAUUCGCACACGAUUGUAGAAAACAAAAGAUGGGAAAACUAUAUAUUUGACAGAGAGAAGCGAUUAUAGCUAUAUAUAUAUACAUACAUACAUACAUGCAAACAUACAAUUCAUGCAUAUACAUACAUACCUACAAUACAUAGUGCAUACUACUACCUACUUACCUUACAGUUUAAGCGCGAAGUUCAAGCGACAAAGUUAAAGACGAGUUCCAGUUACUGAAACAAAAACAAAAAAACAACAUUUUUCUCCAUCUGCAACAAAAAAAAAAAAAAACGACAACAUAAAAGCGAUAAAACACACAACACUAGAAAAAUUGAUAGAUGACAAAUGAUAGGUAACGGUUUAAGCAUUCUUUACAUUCUUCUUGCGAUUGGAAGUAGAAUAGGAAUAACAAAAAAAAAAAAACGGUUUGAAAAAAGGAGAAAGAAAAACAAAAAAUGAAAAACCAAAAAAAGCACAUAAAAACAGGAAACAGACAAACUGCGUACUUAAACCUACUAACCAAAACAUCAAAUUUUCAAAUCAUUGCAUCAUUUAACGCAAAUUAUGAGAAGGAAGCAAAAAAUAUGUGAAAGAAAAGAAGAUAACAACACAAAUAGGAUAGCGCUAGUAUAAGGAUACAUUUAAAUAAAACAAGAACGAGCAAGAAGUUAGCAACAGAAGAGCCAACCAACACAAUUGGAGGGGAAUUGAGCAAAAGCAAAAGCAGUUUGUCGGGCAAAGUAUAACUCUAUUGCGAGCUUUUGUAAACGACAGGCGCAAUAUUGUGGAACUAUUUUGUUGAGUGUUUUAUGAAGUUAAUACCAACAGCAGCACAAAGGAAGAAACAAACGGAAUGCUAACACAGAACAAAAGGUAUAAAAUCUCUUUCCAACGUUGUAACGAUUGAAGAAUGAAAUGUAACGCGUUUUUAUUACACCGUGCGGUUACGGUCCCAUUUGCUCGUUGACUUAUGGUCUUUUCGCUUCCACGAAACACGAACAGUAUUGCAGCUUUGUGAACAGUGAAUGACACAGUUACUUCAUCAGCAAUAACUAUCGUACGGUGCACAGCUUUAAAAAAAAAGAACUGGGAUCGAACGAUCCACGAUCCUUUCGAUCCACACUCUUGUUCUGCUUGUGAAGCGUUUGCUCUUGAAUUUUUGGUAGGUUUUCGCAAAUUAUUAAUGCAGCAGCAAUCUCGUUCACAAAACCUCUACUCUUGAAAGCAAUAAUAACUCCUUGUUUGAAAAAAAUAAUAAUAAUAAAUAAUAAACCCAAAACUAAUUCAAUCGAUCAAAUCGAUUGCACUCCCAGACCUGUACCGUUCUGUUUUUGCACCCUCCCCGCACGGCAAAGCACCUGUCAGAAACUUUGAGAAAGAAGGCUUCCGGCCACGAGCGGUCACAAAAGCGCAGCAGCAGCAGCCCGCGUGCCAAUUGGCUACUAAAAUCAUAUCAAAGCUCUGGGGGAGCAGCCGAUUGGAGCAAAAGUUACGCAUCAGUUCCUUCUUUAACGAAAAACGAAAAUCACGCCCCCGGCACGUGUGAGCUCAUUUUCACGGCAGUUUUGUUGUUGUUGUGUGUGGUCUUUACACGAAAAGAAAUGGUUCAAAGUCAACUCGCAAGGCUCGUGGGCUGUGAGAAAACAGCAGCAUUCCUAAUUGGGGAAGUACAAACGCGCGCAAGCGACUCCAACGAUGAUGCAAGGAAGCGGUGAUGCGUGACAGAUGAGGCUAGCCUGGUGCAUAAUUUUUGCCCUCCCCCUGUCACUGUCAGUUAAAGCUAGGUCGGAGCAUCUUUCUGAUAGAUUUUGGCCCGACUGAAGAUUACAUCGUGGCACUGUAAUAGGCCAAAAAAAACCUCCCAGAAGAUAAGCGACGUUUGAUUGAUCCUUUUUGGGUGUCAUUGGGUGCAAUAUGAGCCCCAAUUACAGCCUUGCAGAUCUCCUUUGCUCUUUAUUUCAUGUUCAUUUUCACUAAGCAGCUCGCUAGUAGCUUUGAUUUUGUAGAAAAGUAUGGAAAGAGUAUCAUAUCAGGGAAAAUGGUAAAUGUUGUUGAGGUUAAAGCCAUGCAUAAAACAAGUAAGCAAAAACAAACAAAUAACACAUUAAAAAAAAACAACUUAAUACGUCCAUGGGAAAAAAUGAUACAAUACAAAAAUCCCACAAUCAUACACCACUAAACAAACACAGUGCACAGAUGUGCGGUAAACGGAUGCAAUUUCUCAAUGCUACAAUUAGGAGGUAAACAAACACACAAAAACUACUCACGAAAAAAGGGAGAAGGAAAUAAAACAACGGUUGUGUCGAGUUCAGAUUUGAGGAGUUGCUUUAGCAAGAACGUUUCAAACCACACAGCACUCCUGUGUGUUUUUUCUCCAGUUUAAUUUCUCUCUUUUUUAGAAACGAACAUUUCUUCCUCCCCGGCUCAGGUUCAGUAGGAGCUUGGACCUACCAAGAGACAGCUGGCAUGUUAAAAAAACACUCAAAAAGUAUUAAAAAACAAACACUUUCUCUUUAAAUAAACUACACAAACGAACACAAACACACAUACAAACCACAAGCACAUCUCAUCUCCCAGUGUGCAGCAUCUAGAGUGAUCUAUUGAAGAAUUUAUCUAGCUAGGGCCACCUUGUAGCGCACAAAAGUGCAACCAAAUUUACCCACUUUUGCGUAGAUGCAGAACCUUUGAUAUAGAGAAAUGAACACUGCAAAGCGAAAGAGGUGUUUAUAGUGAUGUAGAGUAUGCAAUUUAAACUAACUUCUUUCUACCUAUCUACUCACUCUACUUUAAACAUUACAAAUAAAUACAUACACACAAAAAAAAAACGGCGGUACACACCCGUCCAUGCCGCUUUAGUAAAUCUCGCAGAGGACAGAGACACAACCACAUCCACAUUUGGAUAGCUGGAACUGGGAAAACGGCAAACAGUUUAACUAUAUUUUUAUACACCAAAAGGCAAAGCGACUUAUAAGCAAGGCUAUACAAAAAAAAAAGUGUAAAGAGACGAGACGGGGUUGUUUUGCACGUACACACUUACAACACUUAUUCUUAUUAUUCUCUCGUUCCCUUCUCGCUCUUUGCCGCUUGCUUUCUUUCUCCUAGCACUUUAGGCGUUUAGAAGAAGGUGGAACAAAAACACGCGAUAGAAGACGCUAUAAGCAAUCAUGGGUCUACUUCUACUACUGAUAGUGAUAGUAACUAGCAAGAUUCUCGCGAUCGAUCGAGAAAAAAAAAACACAUCGACAGCAAAACAAAAGGGGAAGAAAAACCGAUAAGCCAGUGAGCAAACAGCAGCAGCAGAAGAAGAAAAAAACAGGUGGAUAGAGCAACUAACCAAAAUGAACCUUUUCCCCUCUCUAAACAAUCUACCCAAGAACGUGUUCUUUCAUUCCAAACCAUUUCCAAACCAGUAGCGGCGAUCGAGACGCGGCGUGGAGAGCGAUUGUCGAGUAGCUUUUCUGCAUGUAGUGUAGGUUUUUAGGAAGACGAAAAUACAACAAAUAUCACAACCCAAUGAAGAGCAUUUUCUCUCUCCAUUUUGGCUAACAUUGGAAGAUCGCUUUAACCUUUAACACGAAAAACCACACACACACAAACACUCGUACAGAAAGAGCAAUGGAAAGAGCAACUACCUUUAGUAUCCCGCUCGUUGUUCUCUUCUCUUACCUUAAUCUGUUGUCAUGUUGUAAGCAGAGACAAGGAGGUGAUAACGUUUCCCAAUCACGCUAGAUGGCAGGGUUGUUUUGAGAUGCACGUAUACACACACUGUUGUUUCGAUUCUCGAGUAUCACUAUCCUGUCCUUCUUUCCAAAACAAACCGAAACUAAAAUGAAUUUUCUUCAACAUAGAGUACUUAAUAAAACACUUUAACACACCUGCACACCUGGAAAGGACGACAACGAGUGAUUUUAGAAACUAAUCAGCACGAAUCAGUGAAGCUAAUAGUUUGAACAGAGUCCACGCCUUUCCACGAGCCCUAGCAGCCCUAGUCUUGUAGGAUGCGCACAUACUUAUCAAACGAUUAAACAAAGCCGGUGACAUCUACCUAACCCCUAAACAUCAACUCAACUACCAGUUACUCGUGCAAGCAAAGCAAGAAAAAUGGUACUAAAGAAUGAAAACAGUUAAAGAAGAAGUUAAAAAGAAGAAGCGGUAAAUAGUGAGGUGAAAUGAGCAUGAAACAAACAAGCACUUAAAUACACUAAAAGAAACAAAUACACACACACACUUACACACGGCUCGGAUAGAACGGAAAAGGAAAAUAGAGAACGUGAAAAGAUUGCAAAAAAGAAGAGAAAAAGAAAAGAGAACAAAUUAAAAAUAAACAAGCAAGCUUUAACAUAUUUUUAAACGAAUGCAUACGCUCAGAAGCACGAUGACAUAAAAGAUAAGCAAAAAAAGAGGAAAAGCAAAAGAGGAGAGGAAAAAAGGUAUAAAUAAAUAUUAUAAAAUAAUUCUCCACACAUCCCAUGCGAAAUGGAUAUACAAUUAACUAAAAGUUCGAUGAAUGAAAACAAGAAAAAAGCAGUAACGUGUGCAAUUGGCAGUGGCAAGACACGAGAAAUGAAAGUGAAAAUAUGCAACAGCAAAAAAAAACAUUAAGUAAGAAACACCAACAAAAAAACAACAAGCUAACAGUUACAAAAAAAGAACAUUUAAAUAAAAAUGGCAUCUCCUGUGACAAAUCAAGUUUAGUGGCGUGUCUCUUACGCUGCGCGGAGACGAAGUCAAGCAGCUGAACAAGCGGCAAGCAGAGAAACAACUAAACAAAGACAAAAUAAAGCAAAAAUCUUUCAAACCAUACUGAAUUGUUUUGUGUGUGUGUGUGGGUGAGUAUGUGCAAACCAAACUUGAUCGUGCUUGCCUGCGGUAUGUUGACAGGCAACAGAUGGGAGAUGCACCAUUGAUAAUUGAAUAGAGACAAAUCUCCAUACUACACACUCACUUGAGCACUGUUUGUCUUACUACUAGCACUCGUUUUUGACGCCUGGCUGCGGAAAGCUUUUCGCAGCGGUGCGCUUCGUUUAUCUCUCUAGCUCUAGCUCAGCCGCCCUCUCACAUACCUACAUCGUCGAAGUCGAUCAAUCAGCAAUCAUCGGAGAGAAUUUUGAGAAAAGUCUGAUAGUUUGUUUGUUUAUCACCUGGUCGGCUGAUGCGUACGUCUAAAAGUAAUGCACAGGUGCAAAGUCUAUAGAACACAACACAACCCUUCCCCAUGAAACACUGAAGGUAAGGAAGACACAGGAAAGCUUACCCAAAAUCCCCCACACAGCACAAACAAAUAAAGAAUAAAGAGAUGAAAAGCAUUUCGGUUGUGAGCAGUAUCGCUUCCAUGCUGCAUCCAUCCCGUGUUUGCAAACGUUUCGUUUUCCUUCCCAGAAAAGUGAGAGGCUAAGGCACCGAAUACAACUAGCGUACUUUAACGUAUCUUUAAGCACUAUCGGAAAGCGUGUUCUCCUGUUUCUUGUUCAAACGAUUUAGCUAGACGAGUUUUGUCACCUUUCCUAUUGAAUAAAAAAGCUCCCUAAAUGCCGGUCGUCAACAAGCGAGAAGUGAGAACACUUAAGUAGCAUUAACACUCAUGUAAGAUUGAGCAGGCAGGCAAGAAACUAUAGCUUUAAAACAGUUUGCAUCUUUAAACGUUCUCUUAAACGGUGAAGCCAAAUGGUCUGUUUGCUCCAGUGUGAAACGAAUUAAAAAGUAAAACAAAGCGAGCACGUGCUUCACUUACUGCGUUACUUUAGUUUUGUACCAUUUGCUGUUCAUUCAUUGUGCACGUUUGAGGAUCAGAAAAAAACAGAAAAGAAUUCACUUUGCUAGUGGUAUUUGAAAGAGAUGUGUGCGUUAAAACAUCUUCCUAUUCUACCUAUUGCUAAUGCAUAGUGCGUGUUAAUAUUGGUAAAGUUUAAUGAAAGAAAUGGAAGGAACAGUGGGUGACAGGAAUACCAAAAGCAACAAACAAACACAUUGAAAAUAAUGCAUGACAAUGCAAAUGCACAGUUCACAAUCUUGACAUACAUUUACACGCGUUUUGGGGACGGGAACGAGUGUAGUGAUAAGAAAGAUGCAGAAGGAGUAACGAAGACGGAUACUAUAUAAGUAAACGAUUUGCACAGCAGCACCGUUGGAAGUCAAACUGCACCAUUCAAACAGAAUCUAGCAAUAGAAACAACGUACACAAGUCUAAGGAGAAAGAGAAAAGAAGGUAAAAAAACGAAACAAAAAGAGAGAAUAUAAGUAAAAGAGGUGAUGAUGAGAAAAAGGUAACAUAACAUAAACAUAGAACACCAAAACCGAAGAAAACAAAACAACAGACAAAUGGCUAGUAAGCGAUUCUCAAAGAGUAAAGUUGGAAAGAAAUGGUUUAACAAAAAUGGUAUAAGCACUGUACUUUUAGUUAUGGCUCUACUGAGAAAGAUGAAAACCAAAGUAAAUAAGUUGCAUAUAACAAGCUGAAAAUGAAAAAAAAUUACGCUGGAAUGAGCAUUAAACAACAAGACACACCAUUGCGUUCAUAAAUGGAGAUGCUUGUUUGCACUUUGGCCAUCUUACUGUGUUUUGUGCUGUAUUUAAUUUAAGAAAGUAAUUGUAAAUAUGAGAUCCAAAACAAACAAGCAAAACCACACUUACACAUGAGUGAAAUGAAGCCCAAUUUGUGAGAAAAUCGAAUCAAAUUACCAUGAUGAUCAUUUAGCUCUGGAAGGGAUAGAAACACAGAUGAAAAACAAAUGCAUCUCAAUUUGGCAAACAGAACCGAACAGCAAACUUUACGACUGAAAAGCAUAUCCUACAAUUUCCGGUCAACGUGUGGUCGUAUAUAAAUGAAAAAAAAAGGUGUGCAAAAGCCGGGAACUACUUGUGCAAUUACAAACACACACCCUGAAGGCUCUCCAAAUUGUAUAAACCACUUGCACUUUACUUACAAACCGAAGCUCUCCCCAAAGAAAGCAACAAAAAAACGGAAGAAAUAAAAAAAACCCUCAUCAAAAUACCCUCUUUUCAACUGUUUUCUACUUGCAAAGCAAAUCCAUUCAAAGAAUGACAAACUAUUAGAGCAAAUUGAGCACUGAAAGCGUUACUUGUUUCACUUCCAGCUCCCCACUGGUGCGGUCAGUAUCGAUCUAUUUGUAACAUAUAUAAAUAUACUUAAAGUAACCUCUUCCCUUUUCCAACUUACACACUCUGUACCUUUUUGAGAUUAUGUAGAAACGUGUUUGGAAAGGAAUUAGAUCAUCCGCCGCCAGAUAAAAACAAAACAGAAUGCAUUCUUUCGACAAAAGUUCACGUACUAGUUAUGACAGUAAACAGUAAAGCAAAGAGCAAAACAAAACAAAAACUAACCUUAAACACUAUUAUCAAGUUUCCCUUGCAAACUCUAAUCUAAGCGGUUUAUAGAUUGGUUUUGUUUCAUGAUCGCUAGUGGGACGUUAUGAGUGGGAUGAAAAAAAAA